AUGCUCAUCACGCUGUGCUACCUGUACCUGUGGGCGCGGUGGGGGCGCCGGCCGGCCGCGCUCGUGCGCUCCACGGUGCGGCGGCUGCGCGCCUCGCGCUGCUCCUUCACGUUCUGUGGCGCCGCCGCGCAGCCGAGCGGCGCCCGCGUGUGCCUCAGCCGCGGCGGCCGCGUCUUCUGCGUCGGCGAGGGCCAGUUCAUCGAUGACUUGAACAAAUGGGCCCUGUUUCUGGUUUCUCCUUUUAUACUGGAGGCAGAACACAUAGCGUUUGUGACCGAGAGCAUUUGGGUCCGAGGUGAGAGCUUACAGAGGCCGCCUUCCUCUGCAGAAACUAUCGUCAAGUGGUCGGACUGUUGCUUGCCGUUGGCCUGCAGACCCGGGGAGCCUUAUCGGCUGAUAGCUGAAGCAAGCGUGGACGACUUCAGCAAGCUGGGGGUGGCGUUCAUGGAGGACAGACUGCAGAUGGACAAUGGGCUGGUGCCCCAGAAGAUUGUUUCCGUGCACUUGAAGGACUCCACUCUGGAGGAACUUAAGGAUCAGGCCUUAAACAACCAAACCCCAAUCCUACAGCCGAACCCCAAACCCUUUCCUGAGACGGAGCCUGCGCAGGGAGUUAUGGAGCACAUUGGCGAAAGUGACUCGAAGGAUCCUGGUGAGGGUUCUUCCACACCGAGGAGGGGCAGUGCCCCCGGGAGUGAGCCCGCCUCCGAGGGGAGUGAGCAAGGCGGGGGCUCCCCUGAGCAUCACCACCUCCACCUGUCUAGUUGCCACGAGUGUCUGGAACUGGAGGGCAGCACCAUUGAGUUGAUCAAGUUUGCUUCUGCAGAGAACAUUCCGGAUCUUCCCUACGAUCACAGCAGCAAUGUGCAGGGCACUGCUGAUGAGAGCUACCCUGAGAGAGAGGAAAGGAGGGUCAACGUGACGGGAAAGGCUCCGAACAUCUUACUCUACCUGGGCUCCGACUCCCAGGAAGCCCUGGGCCGGCUCCAGCAGGUGCGCUCCGUUCUGGCCGACUGUGUGGACACCGACAGUUACACCCUCUACCACCUGCUGGAGGAGAGUGCCCGCAGGGACCCGUGGCCAGACAACUGUCUGUUGUUGGUCCUUGCCACCCAGGAGGCCAUUCCCAAGGACCUGCAGCAGAAGUUCAUGGCCUAUCUUUCUCAGGGAGGGAAGAUAUUGGGGCUGUCUUCGCCCUUCACGUUCGGUGGCUUCCAGGUGACGAGCAAGGACGCGCUGCAGAAGACUGUCCAGAGCUUGGUGUUCUCCAAGGCUGAUGGCAGUGAAGUGAGGCUCAGUGCUCUGAGCAGCGGCUGCGUCUAUGAGGACAGCGCCGGGGAGUGGCUGAGCCCCGGCAGGCUCCAGGGCCGCCUGGAGGGCGCGGACCAGGACAGGAUGAUUGUGCAAGUGCCUUUCGGAACCUGUGGCGGAGAAGCCGUUCUUUGCCAGGUGCACUUAGAACUACCUCCCAGCUCUUCCCUGGUGCAAACUCAAGAAGAUUUUAAUUUGCUCAAAUCAAGCAACAUUUCAAGAUACGAAGUCCUUAGGGAGAUCCUGACGACCCUCGGCCUGAGCUGUGACGUAAAGCAAGUGCCUGCCUUAACACCUGUGUACCUCCUGCCGACCACCCAGGACAUCCGGGCUCCCCUGAUGAAGUGGCUGGAGAGGCACAUGGAUCCUGAAGGAAUAAUCAAGUCCAGCAAACUGUCCCUUAAAUUCGUUUCAUCCUACACAUCUGACAUGGAAAUAACCCCGUCUUGUAUACCCGUGGUCACCGAUACGGAGGCCUUCUCGUCAGAAAAUUUUGACUUUGAGAUCUAUCGAGAAAAUCUGCAGACUCGGCGACUUGGAAAAACAAUUCUGUUUGCGGAAGUGACCCCCACGACAAUGAGUCUCCUGGACGGGUUGAUGUUUGAGAUGCCACCGGAAAUGGGUUUAAUAGCCAUCGCAGUCCGGCAAACCCAGGGCAAAGGGCGAGGACGCAAUGCAUGGCUGAGCCCCGCGGGAUGCGCCCUUUCCACGCUGCUGGUCUCCAUCCCGCUGAGGUCCCCGCUGGGACAGAGGAUCCCCUUCGUGCAGCAUCUGAUGUCGCUGGCCGUCGUGGAAGCGGUCAGGGCCAUCCCUGAGUAUCAGGAUAUCAACUUGCGAGUGAAGUGGCCCAAUGAUAUUUAUUACAGCGACCUCAUGAAGAUCGGCGGAGUUCUGGUUAAUUCCACACUUAUGGGAGAAACGUUUUAUAUACUUAUUGGCUGUGGCUUUAAUGUGACAAACAGCAACCCUACCAUAUGCAUCAACGAUCUCGUGGCGGAAUACAACCGGCAGCACAAGGCGGACCUGAAGCCCUUAAGAGCUGACUGUCUCAUCGCUCGAGCUGCGACGGCGCUGGAGCGGCUGAUCGACACGUUUCAGGACGAAGGGCCCAACGGUGUUCUUCCCCUGUAUUACAAAUACUGGGUGCACAGCGGUCAGCAGGUGCGCCUGGGAGGUGCCGAGGGGCCGGAGGUGUCCAUCGUGGGCCUGGAUGACUGUGGCUUCCUGCAGGUGCACCGGGAGGACGGGGACGUGGUGACUGUGCACCCGGACGGCAACUCCUUCGACAUGCUGCGCAACCUCAUCGUCCCCAAGCACCCGUAGCUGUGGGCCGGAACCUGGGCCUGGGCCUGGCACCGCCACCCCACCCCGCCGGCCUGCCGCUGCCCUGGCUGCCCCCUCCCCUCUUCCCGGGGCUCUGGAGAAGUAACCUAGGCGGAUUUUCUCCUACCUUCCUUUUUCCUAUCCGUCCGCUCUCUGCGGUUUGUUCUGUUGCCGUUUGGGUGUUUGCGGAUGCUUGGGGAUGAGGGCCGGCAGCUGGCAGAUGCAUGUGGGUGGAGCCUUCACCGAGUUGUGUCUCUGCUCACCCCCAGAGAGGGUUGCACGGGGAAGCAGCGGUGGGGUGGGCCAGAGCUUUCUCCGGAGCAGAGACCUUGACCCCUAGGCUGUUGAGAAACAGAAACCACGUGGGGCCCAGGCCGGCGUGGCGUCACUGGGUCUCAGCAUCGGGGAGCACACACAGUGGUGCUUAAUCGUUGUUCUUGUGAAAGAGGAAAGGGGAAGGCGGUCCCCGGGAGCUCCCUUCUCGGCGGCGACCUGGCAGAGGAAGCCGGCUAAUGACUCUGACGUUCUUUUAUGAGCUCUCCUUAGCCAAGCCCAGGUUUACUGCGUGCUCUGAAGAGGUGGGAUCACAUUCGAGACCUCGAGGUGUUGACGAGGCACUGCGUGCAGGUGCGGGGGGG